AGUCAGUACACGACGCGCGCGUUUCCCCUUUACGAUCUCCGUUAAAACACUUUCUUUUGUUAUUAUAAUUAUUAUUAUUACGUCAUAAUCAUUAGUAUCAUUUCUAUUUUCUUUUUUUUUUUCCGUUUCUCUUUUUUUUCCCUCUCUCUGUUUCUCCAUGUGACGCUUUAUUUCGAUACGUACAUAUUUAUAUGUUCCUAUGUGAAGCUCUGCAUGAUGCGGAUGGUCGAACCGGCGCUGCUCUUCGGGCUGUGGGCGCUCGCGCACGGGGCUUUUCCCAGCAGCGUGCAGAUCGGAGGCUUGUUCAUCAGGAACACGGAUCAGGAGUACACCGCGUUCCGAUUGGCCGUGUUCCUCCACAACACGAGCCCAAAUGCCACCGAGGCUCCGUUUAACCUCGUCCCACACGUGGACAACAUCGAGAGUGCAAACAGCUUUGCUGUCACCAAUGCAUUCUGCUCGCAGUACUCGCGAGGCGUGUUCGCAAUAUUCGGCGUGUACGACAAGCGAUCGGUCCACACCCUCUCGUCGUUCUGUGCGUCGCUGCACAUCUCGCUUGUCUCACCCAGCUUCCCGGCAGAUGGAGACACCCAGUUCCUGAUUCAGCUCCGGCCGUCGGUCCGCGGCGCCUUACUCAGUGUUAUCGACCACUACGAAUGGACCCGCUUCAUCUUCCUCUACGACACCGACCGAGGAUACACCAUUCUUCAAGCCAUCAUGGAGAAAGCUGGCCAAAAUGGAUGGCUGGUGAGCGCAAUCUGUGUGGAGAAUUUUGGUGAUGCUGCUUACCGACGCCUCCUCGAAGAUCUGGAACGUCGCAACGAGAAGAAGUUUGUUGUUGAUCUAGAAGCAGAACGACUCCAGAACUUUUUAGAGCAGGUGGUGAGUGUAGGAAAACAUGUGAAGGGUUAUCAUUACAUCAUUGGCAACCUGGGCUUUAAGGACGUGUCUCUCGAGCGCUUUAUGCAUGGUGGAGCAAAUGUCACCGGGUUCCAGCUGGUGGAUUUCAGUAAGCCGAUGGUGAUCAAACUUAUGCAGCGCUGGAACAAACUCGACCAGAGAGAAUACCCAGGCUCUGAAACCCCACCCAAGUACACGUCCUCCCUGACCUACGACGCUGUGCUGGUGAUGGCCGAAGCGUUCCGGAACCUACGGCGCCAGAAGAUUGACAUCACGCGUCGUGGGAAUGCAGGAGACUGUCUGGCCAAUCCAGCGGCUCCGUGGAACCAAGGCAUUGACAUGGAGCGCACCUUGAAACAGGUACGGAUCGAAGGUCUAACAGGAAACAUUCAGUUUGAUCAGAAUGGCCGCAGAGUGAACUACACUAUGGAUGUGUUUGAAAUGAUGAGCAAUGGUCCACAAAAGAUCGGUUACUGGAAUGACAUGGAUAAAUUGGUACUGGUGCAAAGUGAGCUAGCAGGAGGAAACGGCUCAGCUGGGGAGAACAGAACAGUCAUCGUCACCACCAUCAUGGCGAUGGAGAAUUUUACUUCAGCAGGUGGUUCAUCUCUGCCAACGCUGCUGAAGAAUCCAAUCCUCAGACAGUGAGAGAAACACAGGAUACAAGAUGCCCCCCAAAGUAGAUGCUGACAUUACUCAUUUACAACAUGGACAAAAAAAAAACACAAUAUUUGCAAACUUUUUUUUUGUUAAGCAUGUGUUUUCAUUUGGUUUUAAUGUCUUUUUUGAGGCACAUGAGAUGGUCAAGAAAGGAAAAUGGACUUGUGUUUGAUUAGGUAGACAUUUCACCACAAAUUUGAGACAUUAUGUUUGAUCUUGCAGGUAUGGGUUCAGUUUGUAACACAACAAGAGUUAGUAAAUGGAUGAUGGUAUAGUUUGUGCCACCCUUUAUCUGAUCUAUCUUGUGAAAAACAUGAGACCUUGGGAAUACUCUGUUUCACCAAACUCUGAAUGGAAGGUAUAGGAAGGUAUAGUGGUAUAGUCAGUACCACUUUUUCUCUGAUCAUAUUAAAAAGAAUUAAAAGCUGCUUACUGAAAUCAGAGAACGUAGGUAUAGACUGUACCACGAAGCUCUGAAUGGAAGGUAUAGGAAGAUAUAAGGAGGGUCUAGUUUGCUAAAUGAGAACUAAAUGUAAAGGUGUAUAUAUAUGUAUGAUAUAGUCUUGCUAACAAACGCUUGAGAACUUGGGAAUAGACUCUACCACCAAGCUCUGUAUGAAAGGUAUUGGUGUAGUCUGAACCACCUUUUAUCUGGUCCUGUUUAAAGUAGGUAUUGGUUUAGUUUGUAUCAGGGAUAUAUAGGGAUAUACUCUGUACCAUGCUUUAUCUGAUCUUGCUAAUUAAAGCUUGAGAACUUGAGUAUAGACUGUACCACCAAGCUCUGAAAUUGAGGUAUACAAAGGUAAAAAACUUUCUUCCGGCUACUCCCGUCAUAGGGUCGCCACAGUGGAUCCUCCGCAUGUUUGAUUUGGCACAUGUUUUUACGCUGGAUGCCCUGCCUAACGCAACCCUCCCCAUUUAUCCGGGCUUGGGACCGGCACUAAGAGUGGUUUGGGUUGGUUCCCUGACCGGAGGUAUAAGGAUAUAUAUGUAUAUAGUCUGAACCAGCUUUUAUCUGAUUUUGUCUAAAGCAGGUAUGGGUAUAUUUUGUAACAGAGAGGCAAAGUUUAAGGCAUAGAUUGUAUAGUCUAUAGUAUGCUUUAUCUGAUAUUACAAAAAACCUAACAAACUGGGGUAUAUACUGUACCACCAACUCUAAAUAAAAGGUACAGGAAAGUCUAUGAUGGAGUAGUUUGUACCACAUGUUAUUUGAUCUUUGUUCAAAGCAGUAAUGGGUACAGUUUGUAACAGAUAUAGGUAUAUGGAGGUAUAUUCUGUACCAAACUUUAUUUAGUCUUACUAACGAAAGCUUGAGAGCUUGGGCAAACCUGAAGAAUUGAGGAAUAGACUGUACCACCAAGCUCUGAAUGGAAGGUAUAGGAAGGUCUAUAAUGGUCUAGUCUGUACCACAUAUUGUCUGAUCUUUGUUUAAAGCAGUUAUGGGUACAGUUUGCAACAUAUAGAGAGGUAUAGUUUCUACCACCAUUUAUCUGAUCUAGCUUAGAAAAAGCUGAGUUUCUGAGUAGAGACUGUACCAUAAAGUUCUGAAUGGAAGUUAUAGGAAAAUAUAAGGGGUCUUGUAUAAAUGAAGGUAUAGUCACAAUCAUUUUUAAUUUGAUCAUAUUCAAAUAAAAUGGGUUUUUAAUGAAACCUUUGAGAAAGUGGUGGUACAGUCGAUGUAUACCACCCACCUCAUAAUGAAAGGUAUAGAUCGCUAUAGGCGCUAUAGACUUUACUUCACUUAAUCUGAUUUUGACAAAUUAUGAGUAUACUGAGCACAGGAGUCCAUAACACACCCAUUCAUUGAGAGUUAGUCAGUUUUACCGUGUUACAUGAUCAUUUUAUAGUGUUGUCAGUUUCCAGGUGUUGAUUAGCUAUAUUGUCCAGAGGGGUGCGAUUCCGAUUUACACUUCCAAUGAUUCCUAAAAGCAGAGGUGUUUGAUCUUUUAAACAAAGGACAUUCAUUCUAACUACACAUGUGCCGGAGCUGGUUUCAGUGCAUCUUUAAACCGAGGGUUUACCCAAGAAAUCCACUCAACUCUUACAUGGAAUUUCUAUUUAUUAUUAACUAUUGCCACCUAUCAUUAGCUAAUGACUCUCUAUCAUUUUGGUCCCAUUAGUGUUAGGCAAAAUACUGAAACUGACAUCUAUCCUGGGAAUCCUAGUAUAGUAUGAAUUUAAACACUACAAACUUCAAUUUAUGAUUUCUUCUAGACAGUUGUUCUGGGUUUUGUAAACCCAGUUUUGUAAAAGGUUCUGAAAACCUUUUACUGUACACACUAACACAAGCUGUGAACCUUCUUGCCACCAACUGGAUAUCUCCUCUAGUGUGAAGGAAAGAUUGCAUUCAGCUCCCCCUGGCCAAUGGAUCACAGGGUUGUCAAGUUAUAGGGCUGUAAUUUCAGGUACCAACCAGGUGAUUGGCACCCUCCAUGCUGUGGAGCCCCUACCAGGUGGUGUACAGAGUGACUAAUGCACUGAGUAUUCCACCAUUCUCUAUCUCCUGGGACUAAAUGGUCCAAAACUAGCAGCUGCCACUCGAAUGGGGGACAGAGAAAUCAGAAAAGAGAAGCAAAGGACAACAAACAGCCUGCUGGCACUACUGUAACAACUGGGCAAGACAUUUUUUUUGGUGAUAUCAGUGUGUUGACGGGUGAGAUACAAAGCCUCUGUCUCCUUUUGGCCAAUGCAGAUGCCCAAGGUUUAAAUGGUAACCUUGAUAAAAUGGUACCCAUUGUAUACCCAUGUUCUUUUUUUGGGCACAGGCACACUGGCUCUGUUCCAGUCACUGUGUGACUCCACCAUCAUUUUUGUCUUGUGCUUAAACACCUUAUGAGGUUGUACCAUGCCAGAGGGAUUCAAUGUUAUAUUCAAUGAGGCUUGCAUGACGUGACUGCUUCAGACAAGGUUCCACUUAACUUCCCCAUCCCCUCCUCACUGUCAAGCAUGUCUGCCACAGAGAAGGACAAAUUCAGCUUUCAAAAUCUGAAGGGCAACAGACACUUGUUCACUGGACAACGAGGACCAAAAACAUGUUUGACAGAGUUUUCGUGCCUAUUUAUACCCCCUCACUUUGGUGUCAUUUCAAUCUCUCAAUCUUUUUUAAGCCAGGAGAUCUUUAUACUUGGUUUCUCCUCGCAUUUUAUUAUGGAUCAGACUAGAGGACACACUGUUUGACAGUUAUAGCCCUGGAAUUUCGACAAAAACUACUCUACCUUUUAACAGCUGCAAUUUCCACGCACCAUUUGGCAGAACUGAUGAAGAACCUCUGAACAACCUCUUCAUGAUAAAUACACAAGUCCCCUUGCCAGGACUCACUACUUCUCCUCUGAACAACAUGUCUUUAGGUUAGUCUUUAAAAAUUACUGAAUUUCAGAGAAAUCAGUUGCUUAAACAAUUGCGAAGACUUUUGCGAAGAUAUAUACAAAAGUGGUUCAUUAGGGUAAGUUAUUACAAAGGUCCUGACCAGUUUUUUCUUUUGUUUUUUUACACAUUUCUUCCUUUCCAAAUUUGCAUAAAUUCUUUCAGACUGCCGGGUAAAGUUUUCUCCAGCACAUCCCCAAAAUUCUCAUUUGGUUUAAGAUCUAUACUGUGUGGUGGCCAAGCCAUGUGUGAAAAUUAUAUCUCAUGCUCCCUAAACCAAUCUUUCACAAAUUAAGCCAGAUGAAUUCUGGAAGAAAUAUGCCUGUGCCAUCAUGGGGAGAAAACCCAAGAACCUAGACCUGAGCAACUGAAGCAACCCCAGAUAAUAGCACUGCCCCCACAGACUUGCACAAUGCAGGCCAAUCAAUUGACCCUUCUGAAACAUAGUAACAUCUUUUUAGGACCACAGCAUAAGUCCUCUGACAUGUAGAAGAAAUACGAAGGCACUCAGUGCAUUUGUUAAAUAAUUUGUUGCAUCCGAAAUAUUUAAAUCAGAGCUGUUAUUAUCCAGUAGAAGGCUUUUACUUAUUUGCUUAGUUAAAUCCAGGUGGUUCAGACUGCACUAUGUAAAUUUAGAGAGUGACCCUGAAAGGGCAAUAUGCAGAAAAAAAUGCAGUGUAAUCUUUGUCCCUCAGUUCCCAGUGGUUGAGGACCUCGGUUUUAGAGGUUGUGCUACGUCAUCAUUUUAUGGUUUUAAAAUUAAUUCCAUUAGUAAAAUCUAAUUAUAUAUUUUUCAACAUUUUGUUCAUUUUUAAAACUUUUUGCCAGUUUGUGCCACUUCGUAUCUUGAAUAAUCAACUGUGAAAUCAAAAAAGCUAUCAAAAAUCGAUAAAGCAAUUUAAAAAAAUGUAAAAAAUCCUCAUACAUUUUUUUUAUUGAAAUGAAUGAAUAAAAUGUAGUUACAUAGUGAACAUAGUUACAUAAUAGAUAUAAAGUUAUAUAACUUUAAUGGUAAUUAUUCAGAUUUCUCUCAGUUGAAUGUCAAAAUGUUUUUGGUUAUUUAUUUAUUUUGUUUUUAAUUGAAUUAUAAUUAAUACAUCCAUUGCUUUAUAAAUUAUUUAAUUGAAUUAAUUGAUUUGUCAUGCUAAUGUUAUAUUUGAUCUGAGAAAGGUACACACAUACACUUUCAGAAAAAGACACACACACACACACACACACACACACACACACAGAUACACACAGGCACACAAAAAACAAGAAUACUGCAGGAAACAUGAGACACAGACUCACAUUCAGUUUUUACUGCAGGAAAUGUGAGCUGCACACACACAAAACACACACACAUACACACACACACACAAAAACAGCUCUAGUAAAGAAAAUGUGAGCUACUUGAGGAAACCUGUGCUAGUCUUAAAAUACACACACACACACACACACACAAC